UUUUGCGUAGUUUACAUAUGCAGUGUCAUGGAGAGUGCAGUGCUGCUGCUCGUCGUCCCGGCCCUCCUCGCCGUCGCAGCGCGGAGCCUAGCCGUCCUUGCGUGGCCGGUGGGCUCGCCGUCGAUGAGGAAGCUGAUGGCCAGGAAGAAGGCGGCGCGCGACGAGCUGCUGCGCGUGGCGCGGUACAGCCGCACUACAGGUGAAGGCGGCGGCGGCGAGAGUAGGGAUGCAGAGUGCGUGGUGUGCCUAAGCGGCAUCGAGGAGGGCGACGACGUGAGGGAGCUCCGGUGCCGGCACCUGUUCCACAGGGCCUGCCUCGACCAGUGGCGGCGGAUGGCGGCCACAUGCCCGCUCUGCCGCUCAAGUCUGCUGACUUCGCCGGCCGGGGACGACGACGACGAGGAGGAGACGGACUCGGACAUGGUGCUGUUCAUGGCGUGCGUGCAGAGUAGUAGCACCUGGACCUGGCUGUGGCCGUGAUGCCGCGCGGCGAUCCAGAUUGAUGGAGGGCCCGGUGCAGGGCGGGCGCCACCGCCACGUAGUUGAGGAGCUUGGACGUGUGUCGGAUCGCAGCAGGCAACCAAGCUCUACUCACCAACGCACGCCUCUGUUUUCUUGGAUGAGGCCGUCCCACGCAACGCACCAUGCAUGCAUGUGCUUUCAAAUAUCAGAAUUAUAGUUUUUUUAUCGU